AUGUCGUCGGUGAAGGUGGCAGUGAGGGUGCGGCCCCAACAACCGCGAGAUCUCACGCGAGUGCAAAUGCAUCAUCGGAAAUGGCCGGCAACACCACCAGAAGAAAUCAUAGAUAUUUACAAUUGCUACCGUCCCCCUAGAAACAAUUGUAUUCUGGAAUUAGAUGAACUUUUCAGUAUAGCAGAAAAUAGUCCCAUCCUCCUUGGAGGAGAUUUUAAUGCUCACCAUCCUCUUUUCAAUGACCCAACAUCCUAUCGACCACUUCUGAAAGAUCCUCCAGGAAUACAUAUAGAACAUCAUCUCUCCAAUAGCCUCCAUAUACAAAUUCUAAAUAAGACUAAGGCUACCCACAUAAGAGGAGGAGUCCUAGAUUUAACCUUCACUAAUGAUUAUCUAGCUUCUAAUGCAAACUCCUCCUUUCACGAGCACCUAAACAGCGACCAUUCAGCCUUAAUCAUUACUAUAGAAAUACCUAGGAUGAACUCCCCACCUUACCAACCAAAAUGGAAUACGCACAAAGCAAACUGGGGUAGAUUCCAAAAACUCAUUGAAAUAUGGGCUUCUUCCUAUCAAAUUGGUGACAAAACUCUUGAUAAACUAGAAGAAGACUUCAAAACAGCAAUCACAGAAGCUGCCAACUCCGCGAUACCAUUAUGUAAACCCUUUUCCAAAGAGCACCAGGAUCACUGGUAUUACAGUAACAGAGUCGCUGAACUACAUCACAGAGUGAAUAUAACUAAGAAAAACUUAUCAAAGUUCCCCUCCAAGGGUAAUCUCGACUUGUAUCGAGACACCUUAAGACACGUAAAAAGAGAGCUAUGGGAUAUACGAACUGAAAAAUGGCUUGCCUGGUGCGAAACUUUAAAUUCCCACACAAAGAUUAAAGAUAUUUGGAGCCAUCUCCGCAAAGCCACUGGCUGCUAUAGAACUAAUCGAAUCCCGGCACAUCCUGAUCCUCAAGGUGAAGCCAACAAACUAAUAAAUCAGUUUGCUACCAGAUCGUCUUCCAGUAACUUAGACCAAAAUACUGUGGAAGCCUUGGCAAUAAACAGACCACUACAACUGCACAUAAUAGAAAACGCAAUCGAAGAUUCAGAUGAUACUGACCAUCCUAUUACCAUGGCAGAAAUCAAUAAAGCCAUUAAUAUACACAAAAUCUCAGCUCCAGGGGAUGAUAAAAUAUCAUAUGAUCUUCACCAUAACCUUUUUGCCUUCAAAAAGAAUACUGGUACCUCAGACAAUAUUGCUACUUUAAGAUCAAUGCUGGAUCAAGGCAAGGCCACUUUAGUUUUCCUUGACCUGGAAAAAGCCUUUGAGCUUGCGGACCCUAUAAUAAUUUCAACAAUUCUAGCGGAAAAAGGAGUGAAAGGACAUCUUCUGGCCUGGAUUACAGACUAUUUUACACAAAGAAAAGCUACAGUGAUAUUCCAAGGACACCUAUCAAAUACCCUUAUUUUUGAAAAAGGUACACCUCAGGGAGGCAUCCUCAGUCCAACUUUAUUUAAUCUACUGAUUGAAAAACUUGUCAACCUUCCUUUCCGAAACAACACCACCUUACUGAGCUAUGCAGAUGACCUGCAAUUGAUAACCACAGGUCCACAUCAACUACUACACGCUCAACACGCUUUAGAUCUAAUAACCCAAGCCUGUACUUCCCUUGGACUAAAAAUUAACCCGUCCAAAUCGUCAGGAUUAAACAUCGGUCCAUCUAGACCCUUUCAUCUACUUACAAUCCAAGGCCAAAACAUUGACUGGGUAGAGAAAGCUAAAUGCCUAGGACACUUUUUCUCAGAAAGAAAUCAUGAAAAAGAUCAGUUGGACUACCUCAAGCAAAGAAUACAAUCCAGAAUUCUAGCAAUGAGAAAAUUAACAUCCACCAGAAUAGGAGCAGGAUACAAAAUUCUACGCACUUUCUAUACUCAAGCCAUCAGAUCAAUAAUAGAUUUCUCCGCUCUCUCACUUUUAACCCUGUCAUCUGAUCUCCUAAUAAAACUUGAAAAAAUACAAAACGAAGCUAUGAGGAUAAUUCUAGGUGCUCCUCGCUGGACAAGGCUUGAAAACCUUAGAAUUGAGACUAAUCUUUGUUCCCUCAGACUCCGAACACUUCAAAUCACCUCAUCCUACAUGGCCAAAAGUCUCUCCUCCACCAAGCCUCUCCCCUUCAAACAAAGGAUCCAAACCUUAUUAACCAGACCGAUUGACACAAUUCUCAGUACAGGGUGGCAUUUUCAAGUGGUCUUAGCAAUUAAGGCGUCUGGUAUAAGCCAUCAACUAGUACACAGGACUCCAACACAAAGACAUCCACUUUUCAAAGCAGAGCCUCCAUGGAAUCCAUUAAUCCUGCGAACAAAUAUACUGAGACUUCCUAAGAAGAAAGUUAACUGCAGCCAGGAAAUAUUAAACAAGAUUGCAAUCCAAGUUAACAGUAAAGCAGCGAAAGACCAAUUAGCUAUUUUUACAGAUGGUUCUGUUAAUCAGAUAUCAGGUCACUCUGGAGCAUCAAUUCACUGCACUUUUCAAACAUCUAGUUGGAGACUUUCGGAUUAUUGUUCAACUCUCCAGACUGAACUAUUUGCAAUAGACAAAGCUCUCACCCUAGCAAUCUCCACCAAUCACAAAGAGAUAAAUAUUUAUACGGACUCUCUCUCAGCAAUUCAAGCCCUCUACAAGUCUCCUGAUGAAAAUAUAAUGCUCAUGACCACUCUCCUCUAUAAGAUCCAAGUUCUUCAUAAGAAAGGAUCACAAGUAAUUUUAAAUUGGAUACCUAGUCACAUUGGAAUAAUAGGGAAUGAAAUUGCAGACAGAGCGGCCUCGGAAGCGACACUAUUCAAAUAUUCAACUUUCACAUCCCACCCAGCUGCAGCCAAAUUAAGAAGACAAUAA